AUGCCACGCCGCCGCCUGCUGCAGCUCGUGCCUCGGCGCUCGCUGCUGCUGUCCGCGCCCUCCUCAGCCCUCCAAGCCCCCUCGCGCGCGCGCCUGUACCGCGUGUCCUCCGCGUCCGACGACGGGUCCAAGACGCGGCGCGGCCCGAGCAGCAGCAGCAAUCAAAGCCGCGCGCUGAGCCAACUGGUGCUGGCGCUGCGCACGUUCCACGUGCUCGAGAGCCACUUCGCCGUGCCCUUCAGCUUCGUGGUGCCGCGCAGUGACGACUGGCCGCGCGAGCUGCACCAGCUGCCGCUGGGCGUCAAGGUGCACCGCUUCAUGCAGUCGCUGAGCAAGGGCAGGGACAAGCACAAGCAGGCGGCCGAGCAGCUGCAGGAGCUCGAGGCACUGGGCUUCCCGCUGCACUCGUGGCAGGAAUAUCAGUUCCAAGAGGUCUGUCUGCCGGCGCUCAAGACGUACGCGCAGCAGUACGGAGACCUGUUCGUGCCCCAGAAGUUCGUGGUGCCCGACGAUGACGAGGACGAAGAGGGGGCGGAGCUCUGGCCGCGGGCCACGAGGGGCUACAAGCUCGGCCUGGCCGUGGCCAAACUCCGCAAGCAGGUGCAGCAGCAGAGACAGAGGGACCAGCAGCUUAAGGACAAGAAGAAGCAGGCGCCGACCUCUGCGGCGCUGCCGCCGCUGCCCAAGAACCAGGUGGACGCGCUGAACCAGUUAGGCUUUGUGUGGAGAGUGAGAGACACCAAGUGGUACCAGUUCUUCCUGCCCGGACUGCGGCGCUACAAGGAGCUGAACGGCAAUGCUGAUGUGCCGCUGGCGUUCACGAUCCCUCCCCAUGACGAAGACCCGAGAUGGCCCAAGGCGCUGGAGGGGUAUAUGCUGGGACGACAUGUGUACAUGGUGAGGUCGGGCAAGUACGCGACACAGGUGAGGGACAGCAAGCAGGAGCUGGACGAGCUGGGCUUCUCGUUUAGACUGGUGGAUAAGGUCUGGGGAGAGAGCAUCUUCCCUGCGCUCGAGGUGUUUUCCCAUCAGUACGGACACUGCGACGUGUGGCAGGACUUUGUGGUGCCCUCUGGAGAGCCCUGGCCCAAGGACUCGUGGGGACUGAAGCUUGGAGACACGGUGAAGAAUAUUCGACGUGGAGCGUACGUCUCGCAGGUGGAAGCGGCUCGCAAAGAGCUCGACAAGCUUGGGUUCGUGUGGAACGCGCGCCAUCGCGUAGAGAAGACCGUGCGCAGUAUCGUGAUCCCGGCCCUGACGACGUAUCGAAGGCUGCACGGCAGCGACGCUCUCGUGACCACGGACUUUGUGGUGCCCGAGCGCGACCCGAGUUGGCCGGUGCUCACGCGCGGCUUCAGACUCGGCCAGUGGAUCACGCGCGUCCGCUCCGGUCAGAUUGCGUUCCCGUCCAAACUACGCGCAGAGCUGGACAAGGUCGGAUUUGUGUGGCGCUCCAACGACCAGCGUUGGAAUGAGGUUCUUCUGCCCGCGUUCCGUGCGUACGCCGAGCUGCACGGCGGCACGUGUGCGUCAAUGUCCACGAAGUUUUCUGUGCCGCCGGAGUCCCCGUAUCCACGCGCAGCAUGGGGCGUAAAUCUUGGCGGUGCCUUGUGGCAUAUUCGCAACGGCGACUCGUACGUGAACUGUGAAGACAAGCAGCGCGAGCUGCGUGCUCUUGGGAUUCUGGCCGAUGACGCGGUGGCAUGA